AAAUCUGCAUUGUGACCUGGCAACUUUCCACUGUUCAUCUGUCCGUUACAUAAGCCUGCAGCGCUAUCCCAGCGCCAGUUAUCUCAGUGACGGAAGAAGGUGGAGUGUAGGACCUCGCGGAUUCUGUGCGUGCGGUGCCGGCUUGAGGCUCCGGUGAAGCAACUCUGAGGCGGCGGCCGCUCUCUCCUCACAUGCCCGCCGAGCACCAAGCCUCCCCGCCCUUGCAAUGGCGUUCAUGGAGAAGAAGAGCCCGGGCAAAGUGCUGCUGGACGACACGGUACCACUGUCCUGCGUGAUCGAAGCCAGCCAAAACCUGCAGUCGCACACGGAAUAUAUUAUUCGUGUACAACGUGGAGUGUCAGCAGAAAACAGUUGGCAGAUUAUCAGAAGAUACAGUGAUUUUGAUGUCCUGAAUGCUAGUUUACAGAUCUCAGGUCUGAUCCUACCUCUACCUCCCAAAAAGCUAAUUGGAAAUAUGGAUCGUGAGUUCAUAGCAGAAAGACAACGAGGACUUCAGAAUUACCUGAAUUUCAUUACGACACAACAUAUGCUAUCCAACUGUGAACUGGUUAAAAAAUUUCUUGAUCCCAUCAACUACUCAUCUAAUUACACUGAAAUCGCCUUACAGCAGGUAUCUAUGUUCUUCCGUUCUGAACCUAACUGGGAGGUGGUAGAACCACUAAAGGAAAUAGGUUGGAGAUUAAGAAAACGGCAUCUUUUAAUAAAAAGUAAGGAUCAACCCAAAGAACGGCAGGUAUUAAGUUGGGCUGACCUUGGCCCUGAUAUGUUUCUGUCUGAUAAAGAUCUUCAAUCAGCAAUGAAGCUUUUAUCUUCUUGGUCUCACCCGUAUAUCUACCCUGUCACCUUUGCUACAGCUAGUGAAUCUUCAGGACUUGUAAUCCGAAUGUAUAAUGAAAAAGGGACACUAAGAGAUUAUAUCUGCAAGGCUAAACCAAAAGAUCCUUUUAUGAAGAAAUACUGCAGCCCUAAGAAAAUUCAAGGACUUGACCUUCAACAGAUAAAAACUUUUGGAAGACAAAUACUUGAGGCAUUGAAGUUUCUUCACGAAAAAAGAAUUCCAUAUGGACAUCUUCACACUUCAAAUGUGAUGCUUGAUGGAGAUACGUGUAAAUUGCUGGAUUUAGAAAACUCGUUGCUUGGAUUGCCCAGCUAUUAUAGACCCUAUUAUACGCAGUCCAGGAAAAUCAAUACUACAGAAGCUAUUGAUGUGUAUUCCUUUGGCCAUUUACUAUAUGAAAUUACGUAUGGGAAGCCGCCAGAUUCUGUGCCAGUGGACAGCUUUCCAUCUGCUCCCUCAUCUGAUAUAGUAUCUGUGUUGCAGUCUAUCCUUUCUGCAGAUGCCUGGAAAAUAAGCAUGCCAACAAUUGCCCAGCUGCUGGAGACACCGUUAUUUGCUGAUGUUGUGCUGCUUAACACUGAGAAGCCCCAAUUUAAGAUGCCUACUAAGCUGAAGGAAGCUUUAAAAACAGCAAAAGAGUGUAUGGAGAAAAGGCUAAAUGAAGAACAGAAAGCUAUUCAUCGGCACAAAAGGCUCACAAGGGCACAGUCUCAUCAUGGAUCAGAGGAAGAGAAGAAGAGGAGGAAGAUUUUAGCACGAAAGAAGUCAAAGCAGUCUGUCACUGAGAAUGAAGCGGAUAUCUCAACUAAAAACAGCAACUCAAACAAUAUAAAUUCUGGCUCUGGUGCUAGUUCUCCUCUAACAUCACCAUCUUCACCUACUCCUCCAUCAACUGGGGUUUCACCAGUUCCUCCUCAAGCUGCACCCCCACCUCCAAAGUCAGAGAUUGAUCUUCCAUCACAAACCAUUGCUACUGCCAAUGGUGCCGGUAGAGGAGCCUUACUCAGCUCAAUUCAAAGCUUUAGAAAGGGGCACUUGAAGCCUACAGUUACAAAUGACCGCAGCAUCCCUACAAUCAAAUAAUACAAAAUGUCUUUGUUUACUGGACAGUUUUGAAUACCAAACAUGGAACACUGAAUAAAGAAAAUUGUGUCUCAUCUGUAUAUGUGGGGCAAGACAUGUUUUGUGGCGCUCUUGUACAGGACAAUCAUUCAUUUUUUUUGAAGCAUUUGCUUUUCACAAAUCUACCAUGCAUUGCAGCCAAUGUGUAUAGAUUUACUUAUGGGCUUGCUAUGCCCCCUUGUGGACAUGGCUUUUUCAAAAGUAGAUUUUUUUUUCAUAUCACACUUGUCUGUAAACUUGCCUGUGGAGCCAAUGUUCUGCAAUAAUUUUAUAUUGAGGCAGUACAAAAAUGGCAAAUGUCUGUUUUGCAAUAAUGUAUCUUAAAAUAACUAGCUAUAGUUUGACCAUAAUCCCCUAAUAAUCUUGAAAUUCUGAAGAAAGUGCACUUUAAGAUACCAUUGUGUUUUACCUUAAAAGAAACAGCUGUUUCUAUGCAGAAAAAUUUUCAUGGUGUAAUAUCUGUACAAAUUCUUGUAAACAAUUACUAGAUAUUGUUUUAAUAUUUUUAUUAAAAUAAUUGUUCUGUUA